UGCAGAGAGCAAACAGAAAGCCAGCUGGCAGAAACUGAACAGUGCCACUGCAAUUUUAUUGCUUCUAACCCCAAAAACCAGAUUAUUACUAAAAAAAAAUGUCUUUUUUAAUUUCAUUUCUCUCUGAUCCUGCAUUAGUUUGUCUGCUGUGUGCAGCAGUAUUAUUAGCUGUAGCCUAUUUUUCAACUGGCUAUAAAAAUCCAGCUUUUAAAUUACCUCCUGGUCCAACUCCUCUUCCGAUCAUUGGUAACCUGCACUUGGUGGAUCUUAGAAGGCAAGAUAAAUCACUAAUGAAGCUUGCAGAAAAAUACGGCCCCAUCUUCACCCUCCACUUUGGGUUCCAGAAAGUUGUGGUCCUGACCGGGUACGAAGUUGUGCGAGAGGCGCUUGUGAACUACACAGAGGAGUUUGUAGACAGACCAUCCAUCCCAAUAUUUGACCAAAUUCAGAAUGGAAACGGUCUGUUCUUCUCCAUCGGGGAGCUGUGGAGGACAACGCGCAGAUUCACCGUCUCCAGCAUGCGCAACCUUGGCAUGGGGAAACAAAUGAUAGAAGGCAGAAUCUUUGAGGAGCUUCACUUCCUCAUCGAGAUGAUCAAAUCCUUCAAAGGGGAACCUUUCAACCUGCCGUCCUUCAACUGCGCUCCCAUCAACGUCACCUUCAUCAUGCUCUUUGGGGACAGGUUUGACUACAAGGACCCAACAUUUCUCACUCUCUUAAGACUCAUAGAUGAAGUUAUGAUUCUUCUGGGAUCCCCAAAUUUAAAUUAUUUCAAUUUCUACCCGUUCCUUGGAUUUCUUUUCAAAACCCACAAGAUUAUGCUCAAGAAAAUCGAAGAUGUGCGUGCCAUUUUAAGGCAAUACAUGAAGGCAAGCAGGGAGGAUAUCAAUGAGAACAGUGUGAGGAGCUACAUCGAUGCACUGAUAUUCAAGCAACAAGAGGAGAAGAACAAGAAAGACAGCCUCUUCCAUGAUGACAACUUAAUGGCAUCCAUACUUGACCUGGUCAUGGCUGGAACAGAGACCAUUGCCACCACACUCCAGUGGUCCAUCCUGCUCAUGAUGAAGUACCCAGAGAUUCAAAAAAAGGUUCAGGAGGAGAUUGGGAGAACGGUCAAAGCUGGGAGCUGGGCCACUUAUGAGGACAGGAAGAGCAUGCCCUACACCAACGCGGUGCUGCACGAAGUGCAGAGGUUCAUCACCCUCCUGCCACACGUGCCCCGCUGCACUGCUGUUGACACCCACUUCAGAGGCUACUUCCUUCCCAAGGGUAUAAUUGUAAUCCCAUCCCUUACCUCAGUGCUGCUGGAUAAAACACAAUGGGAGACACCACAUGAGUUCAACCCCAACCACUUUCUUGAUGCUGAAGGGAAUUUUGUAAAGAAAGGAGCUUUCCUGCCCUUCUCCACAGGGCGGCGGAACUGCAUCGGAGAAAGCCUGGCCAAGAUGGAGCUGUUUGUCUUCUUUGUGGGCUUGCUCCAAACAUUCACUUUCCGACCCCAGCCGGGAGUUUCAGAGUCUGACUUGGACCUCACCGUCCCCCAAACGACUUUCACAUUAAGGCCUCAGCCUCAGGCAACGUGUGCUGUGCUGAGGGAAUAACCACGGCCUUGGCCCAGAGCCUCGGGGUCCAAGAGCCCAACUUUGCUCAAACUCUCCAUCCCCCCAUCCUGCCACACCAUCACAUCCCCUUCCCACCAUCUCCAUCCACUGCCCCUCACUGCUCCAUCCCCCCAGGGCUGCUCUUUGCUCCUGUGCUGUGGGGGAGAUGCAAAGGCAAACCCUGGUGCUCACAAUCACACCCCACCUCUCAAGACAGACCAUGCACGGAGCUGGUGAAGGGACCAGGCUGCUGCUCUGGUGGAGGGGAUGCAGCCCAUGAGCAGCAGGGACAACACCAGGCACCCAGGAUCACCACGGUGCUGUCACAGAAAUCUGCUCGGAAUUCUGAGGAGGAACAAACCACGGUUUGCUGGAGGCCGCAGAAAGACGCCAUGGAUC